AUGUCGUCGCGUAUCGAAAAGGGCGGUGCCCGUUUCAAGCCUUCCAUCGUGCCGAGAAGGCCAGCAGGAGGGGCACCAGCAGCCAGUGGGGCAACGGCAACCUCUUCGACGACUCCGCAAUCGCAGUCACAGCAACAACCUCCGCCCUCCCCAUCACUUGCACCCCAAGUUUCAGCGAGACAGGCGCGUCCGCCCUCCGUCCGCAACAAAGGUCCAGCUGCAGCAACCAGUGCCAUCGCCGCAUCAACUGGCACAACACAGUCUCUCGCAACGCCAGCGACACCUUCCAGCACCUCACAAAGCUACGCUUUCAAUGUUUCGCCUUCGGUUAUCUCAAAGCCAGGCGCAUCAGCCACCCCACGUACAAGCAUCUCUGCUGGUCAACCAUCAGCCAGCACUUCGAAAUCCAAACCCGUCUUCCGUCGACCUUCCGUGUCCAAGCCACGUCCGGGCUCGAGAACCUCGCUCACUCCCGCACCUCACUUUGCACAGCCAUCAGCGUCACUUCCCACCUCGACCUCAUCGUUGCAUUUGAUCCCACUCUUCGAAAGUGAUGACAUUGCACAGGCUGGUGCGGAUGCAGAGCAUAUCUCGACUCGAACCGAUGCCCCUCCGAGCAUUGGAGGCACUCGCAGUAGUAGAAAUGCAAGCAUAGUCGCAACCCGCGGCACCGUCCAGACCGAGCCCGUCAUCGAAAAGGCCUCCCAGCCAGACCCAGUUCAAGCGCCACAGCUCUCCACGCGGCCGCGAGGCUCGAGCACCCUUCAGUCCAACGUCACGGCUGCAGUCAAGCAGAGCGCGUCUCAAAAACAAACGCAAUCCGACGUCAGACCACACCGAAGAGCAGCUCCGGACUCGGGGGUAACGCCUGCCUCUUCUGUUGACAAAGACGUCCAGGCUAGCUCGACGACAUCGUCCAAGAAGGACAAAGGUCGAGAGACUUUGGAGACAGAGACUGCCUCACCAUCUGUCAAAGCUGGAUCGCAGGCUACCGAGGCUGUCGCCCAGGAAACUGAGCUAGAGAAAGCGCAGCGCGCCAGCCAACGCAGGAUAAACGCAGCCGCUCGCUUGCAGAAACGUCGGCUCAAACGCAAAGAAUUAGACUCUGGCAAGCCGAGACGUCCGCUCUCUGCCUAUCUCCUAUUUGUCAACUCGGUGCGUACAGAGCGCCAAGCUCAAAACCCGGACAUGCCGCUCACAGAACUCACCGCUGAGAUGGCUGCCGAGUGGCGCGAGCUUCCACCGGCUCAACGGACCAAAUGGGAGGCAGAGGCUGCGCUGCUGCGCCAACACUACGACACUGCUCUCGACGCAUGGAAAGUGGCGUACCCUGAAGGUGUCGCGCUUGGUCCAGAGGAUGAGAGCGACAUGGAGACCACCUCAGAGAUCGGCGAUGACGGCCAGCCCGUACGUCGCAAGAAGCGUCGCAUCACUGCUUCCCGCAGGCCGCAUACCGUCUCGGACGAUGAGGAGGAGUACCGCAAGCAGUUGUAUCACGAAGGCGAACAGCUCACCGCCAGUCGCAUCGAUCCUACCAACGUCACCAUGGCAGAUCUCAGCACAACAGAGUAUAAGAAAGGUCGCGCGGGUCCCCGAACCUUCGAGGCGGAGCGUGUUUACAAGAGGCUGGUGCACGACCGACGUGCAGCUGCAAAGUCGGCGGUGCUGGGAGAGCAUGUGUUGGGAGAAAAGGUCAACCAUGCUUCACCUUCGCCUGCACCGGCUGCCAACAUCAUCCGCACAACCAACGGUGUUCCCGUGGCAACCGGUGCUGAAGAGAGGCUGGAUGGUGAAGAGGAGGUUGUUGGCGAUCAAACUGGGGAUGAUGAUGAUGGUGCGGAAACUUCGGAAGUCGAAGAAUCAGCACCCGAGACUGACGCAGAUGGUACUACGGAUGGAGAAGGCGGCGCGAUGAGCAGCCGUCGCGCCAGCAGAAAGCGAGAGGCGUCCGUCGCCGGUACCGAAGUCUCAUUCCGCGAGAACCGUUUCGCCGUGCAAACGCGCAUCGUCGACGGCAAGAUCGUGCUCGACGAGACCUCGCUCUUUGCCAACUAUGGCAAUGGCGAAGACGAUCGUGACAAUAUGGAGGUCAUCGACGAGCGUGAAGGCGACCGCUUCGUCAAUGCCGCCACUUAUUCGCGCAAGCUGGGCAGGAACAGGAAGUGGUCUGCAGACGAGACGGCCAAGUUCUAUCGCUCUUUGCAACAGUGGGGCACAGAUUUCGAGAUGAUCGCACGGCUGUUUCCAGGUCGUGACCGGGUCAUGAUCAAGAAAAAGUUCAAUGUGGAAGAAAAAAGCAAUCCGAAGCUCGUCGAUGAGGCGCUCAAGAACUCGGUGCCGGUCAAUCUCGAGGCAUACGCACUGGCCAUCGGCGUAGAUCUUUCGGGUCCUCCACCCGAGAUCAAAGCUGAUCUGCAGGACAUCGAAGCCCUCGCUGCUGCAACCGCUUCUGCAGCUGGCACCGAUACGGCGGUCAAGAAACGCGAGGGUACAGCUCCUCUCUCAGGCCGCAAGGGCGGCGAACGCAGCGAUGCAGAGCCAGUCGCUGGCGACGACGACGGAUAUGAGUACGAGGAAGUGGUCGAGGUCGAUGACGACGGCAACGAACAGGUGAUUCGACGCAGGUUGGGCAAGAAGCCGGGCAGCAAAGGUGGAAAGAAGAGACGCAACUCGACGAGGAAGAAUUCGACCUCCACGCCUGCUCCUCCUCCUCCUCUUCCUCCACAGGACUCGGUGGGGGUGGAAGCGGCAACAAGUGCAGUCGAUGCAACGGAAGCAGAGCCGCCUGCAUCAUCGGGAAGCAAAGCUAAGACGGGCAGGGCAGGCCUCCCUCCUGCUAUUGUCAGUCGAAAGAGCACCAGAGCUACUCGAAAGCGCGCCGCUUCGAUCAACAACAGCAGCAAGGAGGCACCUGGAGACGGAAUGGAGGUGGAAGAAAUCAUUGGCGAGCUGUAA